ACUCCUCCCUCCUACUGCGGUCAGUGCUACUGCAUGCCAUGGGUGACACCGGCGCGAACAUGGGCCACUGGGCGGGCAUCUACGGCGUCGGCGGCAAUGGGGCCGCGACGGCCGAGGGCAGCGUGGUGACGGUGUCUAGCCCGACGUCCGGGGGCUCGGGCGGCGGGAGCCCCACGAGGUCGGCGCCCGGGGUCGAGGGAGGCCGCGUCGGCAAGCCGGCGCGGCGGAGGUCCCGCGCGUCGCGCCGGGCGCCCGUCACGCUGCUCAACACCGACACCACCAACUUCCGCGCCAUGGUGCAGCAGUUCACCGGCAUCCCCUCCGGCCCCUACGGCCCGGCUGGCGCGGGCGGCGGGCCCGUGAUCAGCUUCGGCGCGGGCGGCGGCGACUACGGCCUCGGCGGCGGCAUGCCGGUGCGCCCGUCGCCGAGCUCGGCCGUGAUGUCGUUCGACCACCUCGGCCACCACCGCCCGUCCGCUGUUACCUCGUCCCUGCAGCAGCAGCAGCAGCAGCAGAGCCGGCUGUUCCGGCCGCAGCAGCAGCAGCAGCAGUACGGCGACUACGGCGGCAUGCACGGAGGCGGCGGCGCGGACAUGUCGUUCCUGCACGGGUUCGAGUCGUCGGCCGAGGACAGGCUGCUGCUGCAGAGCAUCCAGGCGGCGCAGAUGCUGCCCCGCCCGGCCUCCACUAACACCCCCAAUGGCUACAACUUCGGAUGAUCACAUCACCACUCCACCCCUAUACCCCGUUGAUCAAUUAAGGUACACUUAAUCAGAGAGCCAGCGAGAGCAGCAAGCUAUCAUCAAUCCACAGCUUUGCUUUCUCCGCUCUGGGAAGACGACGGUUGCUGUUUCGAAGGUUAAUUUUUGCUGGCCUUGCUGUAGAGAGGGAUGGGCUGAACUCUGAAGCAAGGGUAGCUGAUUAAGACAGUAAUUAGUUGUAGUAAUAGUAGCCACACCACACUACUUUACAGGUUCAGCUACAGUUGAUUAGGUGCAUGUGAAACGGAAGGCAUGUAAAUAGUUUUAGCUUUCGGUGUGUAUUGUAGUGCAGCGGCAACAGCUUGAUAGCGAGGAAUCUUCUCCUCCUUCUAGAUUGGACGCCUUGCCUUAGCUUGUCUCGGAAGCAAAGUUGGGGACUGCAACCACCACCAUGCAUGCAUCUACUGUACUAUAGUACUACUACUACCACUGCUGGUCAAGUCGCCGCUCCUAAUUGAUCACAUGUUGUUUUCUCAAAUAAAUGUGUCUCUUUCUUUAGCCGUGCCUGCCGCCUGUAACUGUUCAUCUUUUAAAAGAUAAGAUAUCAGCUCCUUAA